AAAAAAAAUCUUAAAAAGAAGAGAUGGAAAAAUAGAACAGCUAAUACAGUAGGUGUAGGGGGAUAGGACAGCUCCCUGAAAAAAAACCCUUCAUUUUCCUCUCUCUCUCUCUCUAAGUUGCUGUUAAUGUUAGAGACCUGCUUUAGGUGGAGAACCAGAUGCCUUUGAUGUGUUGUGUGGGUGGUGCCUUCUUCUCUUUUAUUUCCUCUCAUCUUUCUGUUGCUAUUGUGAAGAAUAGUGAUUGUUUUUGUUUUUGUUUUUUUUUUUAAAAAAAAAAAGAAAAAAAGAAGAAGGCAAAAGAGGCUCUUAUCUUACAACCAUAUCUGUCCUUCUUUCUCACAUAUUCAUCUCUAUCUUCUUCUCCAGUCAUCUUUCAAGUUAUUCACAGACAGACAGACAGACAAACAGACAGACAGACACCCACAUCAUCCCAUCCCCCAGAUUCAUCAUGAGGGGGUGUACUCCAACCAAUUAAAGAAGGGAAAAAGAGGCUGGGUUCAUUUUGAGGGGCUUUGUUUUCUGGGAGCUGAAGUCCUUAAUUUGGUAUGCUGAAGAUUAAGAGCAAGCCCAGUUGCAGUACAGUUAUUGGGCUUGUUUUAUUAGUGAUCAAAGAUCAAAACAAAAUAGAGAGGGUCUUCUUCAAAUGUUAUCCUUUGGUGGAGACCAUCUAGACCCUUCAUGUUCUUCUGAUGAAGUGCCAACUCCCAAUUUCUCUAUAAGAAAUUAUGUUUUCAAAGCAAGGAGCAAAGGUGUCGAGAACAACUGGCCAUUUCAUUCGCAACUCUUACAACUCUGCUUGAAGUACGGUGUCGAAGAUUUAUUGCCGCCUUUUGAACCUCCUGAUUCAGUGAGAGCCCAAUCUUCUACUAAGAGUAUAGAAAUCGAUCGACCAACUAAGUCAUCAGAGACUGGACAAAUUCCAUCCAGUACUGAGCAAGUGCGUAAAGAUGCUGGUGAUCCAAACGAUGUUGCUUAUCUAAAGGUCGAAAAUGGAGGAGAUUCCAGCGAACGGAAUUGUAAUACUGGUCAAGGGGAAAGAGUUUUAGAUUUGAUAAUUCCUGUGAAUAAUAGUGUUAAAGAAGUAAGCUCGGAGCUAGAGAUUACUGAGCCUCUUCCGCUCGAAAAGAAGAGCAAAUUGGUAGCAGAAAAAGACUUGUUCUCCAACUCAAGUAGUGUAGUAGAAUCGAUGGCUUCAAAAAUUUGCCCUGUUUGUAAAACAUUUUCCUCGACAUCGAACACUACUUUGAAUGCUCACAUCGACCAGUGCCUCGCUGCGGAGUCUAAUGCCCAGCAAGUCGUGACAGAGUACUCGAAAUUUAAAGUCAAACCAAGGAAGAAGCGAUUGAUGGUCGACAUUUACAAAUCAGCCUCCCGUUGCACUCUCGAGGACCUGGACAGAAGGAAUGGCACUAACUGGGCUUCGGGACUGGCUUUUGUUGCCGCAGCCUAUGAGGAUCAUAAUGAGGUGCAGCAAUUGAGAACUCCGCCGUUGGAUUAUAAAGAAGAUGACAGCGGAGGAGCAGUCUAUGUAGAUUCAAACGGCAUAAAGAUUCGGAUUCUAUCCAAGCACAAUGACACACAACAAUCGACACUGAUUGAGGAAUUUAGAACGAGGAAAGUGGCAAAAGUCAAGUCAAGCAAGAAUACAUUGAUUAGCAAGACGCAGCACUUUGGGCGAAAGCAGUUAAAGAACAAGAAGCUGAAGUUGCAACAAAGAAAGAUUUGCUCAUUCAAGAAUUUGAAUAACAAAAUUCGAUCACAAACAGAUGGGGACAGCAUGAAAGAUGAUUACCAUCAGAAAGAAUACUCAUCAGACUUAUCAAAUUUUCCGGAUCAAUCCGCAAAUUCUGGAACCACAAAUCUAAGGCAGUGGGUGUGUUCUAAACGCUCAAAUAUUCUGGAAAAGCCAUCUAAUGAGGACACUUACGAAACCUGGAAGAAUCUUUCUGCAAAAACUAAGAGUGUUCAUUCCCUUUUUAAUGUGGCCGGCAUGAUGGAUGAUGAAAUGACAAGUUCCGAUCACUCUAUCCACUCAUCUAAAAGUGAAAAGAGCUGCGACUUGAAGAAGCGCAUCACGGCUAGAAGCCCAUUUCACUUGAUAGAAGCACAAAACAGCGAUUCAAGUGAAAAAACAGUGACUUGCUUUAAAAAGUUCCGUAAGCAUCGUUCCUUACCGAGAACUCUGAAACGAAGAGGAGAAGCUUCACCUUCUGGCGAUAUUGGACGUGCGAAUAAAAACUUCAGAAUUCUUAAUCCCAAUGUGUUGGAGAGUGAUAUAGUUUCUAAAACUGGAAAUGCCUUAGAACAUGUUUCUCCUCGUGAAACGAACAUGCACACAUCUAAAGAAAGAGAGGAUCAAUAUGAAGUACGAGUUCAAGAACAUAGAGCAACAGAGGAAAAGAUUAUUGGCGAUAAUAUGGCUACUGAUUCUGUCAACUUUGAAAAUGAAAAGCCACCACCUUUUGUUGAGAUUGCUAAUGAAGAGGCCCAACCGGAAAAAGACUUUUUAACAGUACCCGUACACGAAGAAAGUGCUUCUUUGACAAGCUGCUGUAACAUACACGUUGAAGCUCCUCAAGAUAAGUCAUCCAUAACCUCAAUCAGGGACGCCUCAAAUAAUGAUCAUAGCUUGGUAUUUGAUGGGGAAUCAUUGACAUCUACUAUUUCAAGUGCUUCGACUAUGUCUCUUCCAUCUUUGGAGUACUCCAAAUUCAUGGUGUCAGAUUCAGAUCAGUUAGCAGAAGCCACUGCCUCUAAAAAUAAUCCGGAGUUGCUUGUGGCUUCCACCAAAAGUAGUAGAGGAACUGCAGAGCGGAAAUUGGAAAAAAGCGUGAAUCAAAGAGUUAAUGAUGAUAAGCCCUUCUGCUGCUCAUGCAGGGAGAGCCUUUCGAGGGAGACUCAAUUGCUCAGACAAAGUGAAAAAUCCGGCAAAAUGCUAACCUCUAAAGGAAUGCAAGUUUCUAAACAGCACAUCGGUUUGAGAAGCACGUCAUCUUUUAGUUCAUAUCAUAGCUUGAGAACUAAGUUUUUGACUGAAUCAGCCGUAAAUUCCUCAGCUGACAUAAAUUCCGACUCUUGUGGUCCAUCAUCUCAAAAUCAGAUACCAUCUCCAUCAAAUCCUGUACUAAGAUUGAUGGGUAAGAACUUGGUGGUGAACAAAGAAGAGGUUGUGAAACCUCAAACUCCAAAUUCUCCAUUGAUGACUAAUCACCAAAUUCCCCAACAACAAUUUCGGGGGGUUGGUUUUCACGGUGGUUUGAUUGCAAAAUUUGAUCAGAGUUCCAUGGAGAAGUCACAUAAAAAGCUAGUUCCACCCUCUCAGACUGAGGAUGAGCCAAAAGCUGGAUUAGUGCUUCCAAGAAGUGCUUCUGCCACAGCUAUCUUAAUGUCGAAUCCAAUGCUGCCGACUCCAUUCUCCUACUUUCCGUCCCAGAAUCAAUUUUCACCAACGAAUGCUACAAGUAGCGGAUCAAGGCUUUUGCUUCCGAAUUUGUACCCAACAGUUAGUACUAACAGUUUGAUGAAUCCAGGAACAGCUUUUGAAGGGCCAGGUGCUUUUUUGCCGCACCCUCUCAUAUUGCAGUCGUCAACAUAUCAACUGAGCCCCUUCAUGUAUCAUUCGCAGAGCUUGCGAGUAUUUUGUUGUUGUUUUGUGAUGGAUUUGGAGGAGGAGAGCUCUAAGUCCCGGUUUAAUGAGGUUGGAGACGAGGAGGAGGUCGACGCCCUAGGGAGAAUGGGAUCGGAGGAGCGUUCUCCGAUCGAUUUCCCUCCUUGUGAAUCGCCUUUGGUGUCGAUCGCUUCUUUCAAAGCAGGGGCGACAAAAGGGUAUGGAUUGAAGAGGUGGAGGAGAAUGAGGCGAGAUUCGAGUAAGAGUAGAUCGGUUAGAGACGAUUCUUAUAAGAUUAACAAGCGGAGGAGCGCUGUUGAAGGUGAGAGCUCUGUAGAAUCGAGGAUCGUGGGAGGGGUUUUCAAUCCCCGUCUAGGGUUAGGGUUCUUAAUUCCUCCUACUGGUGGGGAUUCGGAAAACAGCGAGGAUCGUAGUAGUAAGUCAUCGACUGCCGCAAGUGCUCCAAGUAUUAAGAUGAAAUCUAGAGGAUGGAUUGAUAUCAUUAGGGAAUCUAAAGGAGCUCAAGCUAAGAUUGAGAAGGAGAACACUUAUUCGAGUGUGGAGUCGGAAUUAGGAAGCUCAGCUGCGGCUUUCAUGCGGUGGAGCAGUGUUUUUAGUAAUGGAAAGCAUAGUGGGAGGUCUAGUGAUGUCCGAUCGGCUUACUAUAGAGCAACAAAUGCGAGGGGUCGGAUAGAGGAAAAUGCUGAGAAAAGCAAGAACGGUUGGCUACAAUCGGAUAUUGACCCUGUUCUGGAUUCGAUAGUUUUACUUCAGACUGCUCAGGAAGCAUUAGAAAGUGAGAUCCAAAAAUUGGUGGAAAUUGGGAGGGAUCCGAUGCUAAAUGACUUUGAUGGCUGUUGUGAAGAAAACGAAGGGGGGAUUAGUUCCUCAAGUCUUUUGCCCGAUGUACUUAAACUGGAACAAAAGGUGAAGCAUCUUGAAAAUGAAUUGAAAGAUGCAUCAGCCACCAUCGAGGCAAAGGAGUCGAAAUUGCUUGAGCUUCAAGUGCUUCUCAAUGGUACCCAACUACCAACUCUUCAAGCUAAGUGCAAGGAGAUGGAGGCUGAGCUCGAGUGGCUUCUUGGGAAGCAGUUAGAAGCAGAAGUCGAGUGCCUAAUCUUAACAAAAGCGAAUCGAAGCUGUAAACGUUUAGUAGAGGACGAGAUCGCACUCUUAAAGGAGCAGAAAUCUGUGGCUAGUGAUCAUGCAAAAUUAACGCUUGAGCUACAAGAAAACGGGAAGAAGGCUAUAAUUUUGGAGGAGCGAUCAGAGAAACUAGAGGCGAGUUGUAAGGAGCUUGUUGGAACAGCAGAGAAUUUGAAGCUACAGAAUAGAGUCUGUAAAACUUCUCUCUUUUGCUUUGUUCAGGUGAUAAUGUUGUUUAUUGCCUUGGGGGUGUUUCUUAUCCAAUUGUUUCCCCCAUCUAGUGAUGUUGUACCCACGUAGUUUUGUAAAAUCGCCUACGAAAUCACUUUUCCAUGUUUUGCUCACUUCUUUUUGUUAAGAUAUUUCAGGGAAACUGAAUUGUAUACGCUUCCUUCAGAAAUUCUUUUCGCCUUUUCUUGUGGAGCUGAAAUAGAUCUGAUCACAUUAGAGACAA